GAUUGCGGGGGGUCCCUGUAGCAUCGCGCUCCCCGCUUCCGCCGCCAUGGCCUGGACCAAGUACCAGCUGUUCCUGGCCGGGCUCAUGCUCGUCACCGGCUCCAUCAACACGCUCUCGGCAAAGAUCUGAAGGCCGCAGAACAAGUCACUGUCCAUCAGUCUCACAAGCCAAAGCCUCAGUCUGGUACUUACAGGGUGGCUGUGAUCUGCCAAGGCCACUGUCCCCAAGGAGAGCUGAGUUACUACUGAGGUUACUGUGCUGACUCAGCUCCUUCCUUAAAGAGGUCUAAACCAGUCUGGUGAGAAACCAGAAAAUCCUCAGCCCCAGGAGGCUUUGUCCCCAGAGGCCACCUGAGAGGCCAGAAAGAGGCUUCCACGUGGGGACCCAGCCCUUGCCUGUGACCUGUUGUGGGGCUUUGCAGGAGCCUCCCUCCCUGUGACAGGCCCUAGUAUUGGACCCUCAGCAGUGUUCUGAGGCCAGACUGUGAGAAGGAUGCUGUCAGAGAAAGAACAUGGGAAAGCAGCGCUGUACAUCCUGAUGGGGAUUUUCAAUUUGAAAUCACACUCUGACCUCCAGUUUCCAGCAGGAACAGACAGAUGGGAAUGUGACCACAGCAAGUGGGCGGACAACUUUGUGGCCCCAGGCUGUGGAGGGAGCCAGGAACACAGCUUUCAGCACCCCUUCCUCCAGGCAGUGGGCAUGUUCCUGGGGGAGUUCUCCUGCCUGGCUGCCUUCUACCUCCUCCGGUGCAGAGCUGCGCGGCACCCAGACACCAGCGCAGAUCCCCAGCAGCCCUUCAACCCUCUCCUUUUCCUGCCCCCAGCCCUCUGCGACAUGACAGGGACCAGCAUCAUGUAUGUGGCCCUGAACAUGACCAGUGCCUCCAGCUUCCAGAUGCUGCGGGGAGCCGUGAUCAUCUUCACAGGCCUGUUCUCGGUGGCCUUCCUGGGACGGAGGCUUGCGCUGAGCCAGUGGCUGGGCAUCCUCGCGACCAUCGCCGGGCUGGUGGUGGUGGGCCUGGCCGACCUCCUGAGCAAGCAUGACAGCCAGCACAAGCUCAGUGAAGUCAUCACAGGGGAUCUGUUGAUCAUCAUGGCCCAGAUCAUCGUCUCCAUCCAGAUGGUGCUGGAGGAGAAGUUCGUCUACAAGCACAACGUGCACCCACUGCGGGCGGUCGGCACAGAGGGCCUCUUUGGCUUCGUGAUCCUCUCCUUGCUGCUGAUACCCAUGUACUACAUCCCUGCCGGCUCCUUCAGCGGAAACCCUCGAGGUACGCUGGAGGACGCGCUGGAUGCCUUCUGCCAGGUGGGCCGACAGCCGCUCAUCGCACUGGCGCUGCUGGGCAACAUCAGCAGCAUCGCCUUCUUCAACUUUGCGGGCAUCAGCGUCACCAAGGAGCUGAGCGCCACCACCCGCAUGGUGCUGGACAGCCUGCGCACCGUUGUCAUCUGGGCGCUGAGCCUGGCGCUGGGCUGGGAGGCCUUCCACCCGCUGCAGAUCCUUGGCUUCCUCAUCCUCCUGGCGGGCACCGCCCUCUACAAUGGGCUGCACCGCCCACUGCUGGCCCGCCUGUCCAGGGGCCGGCCCCCGGCCGAGGAAGGAGAGCGUGAGAGGCUGCUGGGGGGCUCUCGGACUGCCAUCAACAACGCCAGCUGAGCCUCCUGCAGGGCCUCUGCCGCCACCUGGACGCUCCUUGUUCACCCUGAGGCUGAGGUCACGUGGGCUGGUGAACCUCAAGUGCUCUGUCCCCGAGGCCUCACCUAGCCCCCUCUCCACCGACCCCCACCCAGGGCAGUCACUGCCACAACAUCCAGGUCUUCCUUUGUCACCACCCGUGCAGAGAGGUGUUACCCAGCCCCCUCUGAGGCCCGGGUGCCAUGCCCAACCCCUGCCAGGCUUCCCCAGCCCCCCAGCCCCCUGGAAUACUAGAGCUAAAUCAUGGGGUAGAAUUGAAGCAGCCCUAGGGCUUCCUCUUAAAUCGUAAGCUAAAUGUUCUCCCAGGAAGAGAGGUCAGUGAGCAAAUUCUAACAGAACUAAGCACCCCGUUUUCUAAAACUUGUAAGAUAUUCCCUAACUCUUUCUGGAGACUGAGGUUUCAGCCGGGGCCUUGCUGCAAACGCUGUGUGCUCCCCAGCCCUGUACCUGGUUCUUCUGGGCCUUGGCAUCCUGCUCUGUACAAGGUGUCCACGGUGUAGGACCAACCUGGGGAAGGAGGAACAGCCCGUUUAUUGGAAAUGCCUCCUGGAAAUGCCCAUGGUGCUCCUCCUUCUCGCUCACACCCCCUGGGCUUCCCACCUGGGAGAGAUUACAGGGGGGUUUUCAGUCAGCCCUUGAGAACAGUUUUUAUGAACUCUGAUUCAGCUUCCAUUUUAAAGCUGAGGAAGCUGAGUCCCAGAGUUCUAAGCUGUUUGGCCCAAAGGGCUUUCCUGCCCAAGGCUCUGGCCAUGCAGCUACAUGACUGGGCGGCAGGCUGGGGUGUCGAGGGUGUUUGGGCCUCAGCUCCACCCCCAGCACCCACACUCCAUGGAGAGCCCUCCAGGGUGAUGGGUCUCCCGGGAGUGUACCAUUCAGAGUGAUGCUGCUAUCCCAGGCACAUGUUAGUGCAUAACAGCCUGCACAGGUGGAUGCGGAUGAGAAAACUGGCCCAGAGGAGGUCAGAUGACGUCCUCCUGGAGCCAGUAUUCCAAGCACGGACUGCCUGAUCCAAACCUGUGGCCCCACUACGAUACGAGUGUCUCUGGGAUCUUUGGGUGGGGGUCCAUCCUGUGCUCUUGUCCUGGUAACCCACCCCUGAGGAGAGGGAACUGGUAGCAGAGAUCCCAGGGAGCUGAGCAGCCCUUCUUUCCAGUGGUCCUCACUCUGUGGCAGUUUCUGGAGCCUCAGUUCACUCCCCUGGGCAGCUCCAUCAUGAAAACAAAACACCAAAUGCCUUCCUUAAAGUAGAUCAUCGGGGAAGGAAUCUCUGACCAGCAAAGCCCGCAGGCUGUGGGGAUCCAGCAGGUUCUUACCAUCCUGUACCCCCAACUCUGAAUCUCAGGGGGCCCUGAGCUCCUCUGGGCCAUGGUGUGUAUCACAGGAGGAAGGAGAUGGAGAGUGAGGAGGUAGGGACUAGAGCUGCUUAGGGGCCUUACAGUGUUGUUUCAGGCUUUUUAUUUAAAAAAAAACAAAGGGAAAUUGGCAAUAUGGACUUUUCUCUUUAGUGAGAAGGAAGAAGCACAAGGGUUAGGACAUUCCUGGAGGUGAUGUCUAGAAUGUCAGAAUGGAAAAACUCUAAUGCACCAGAGAAAUCAUCCAGCCCCAACCCCCAUUGUUCACAUGAAGAAGUUGAAGCCCAGAGAGAAUGACACUUCUCAAGAAUGCACAGAGACAGGGACUGGCAAAGACAAAUUUGCUGGUUCUCAGUCCUUGCCCGUCCCGUUCUCCCAUUGGAGUAGGGCUGGGAGCCUGAACCAAGAGUCCAGGACUGGCUAAAGUACACAAAUCAUGAACUGUGGAUUUUAGCAUUGAAGGGUUGUGGAGUGAGGGGCAGCAGAGCAUGGGGAGGGGGAAUCAUAGGCCUGCCACCAACUCCGGCACCUUGCUUUAGGUCUUCACAUCUCUAAAAUGGGGAGGCCUGUGUCUCACAGGGUGGCUGUGGGCAUUAACCUAAGAUAAUAAAUGGAAGGUGCCUGUAAGUGCUUACAGUGGAGUGUCCUGUCAGGCUGCUCUGCCCACCAGGGUGACUGUCAGGCACUGAGGUCCCAACAGAGCCCUGGCGCGGAGCAUCAGUUUUGCUUGUGGGGGGGUGGUGGCAUCUUUUGUUACACUAUUGUGGAGUAGAGUGUAAACCUCAUGUCGAUUAUAAGAUAAAACAGGA